ACCACUCAUUUAUAUUCCCUUCUACCUCCCACACUAUAACCUCUGUUAUGGUCAUCUCAAAGAACGAAAGAGGAAAUGGCUCCAGCAGGAAAAUGGGUCAUGAAAGGCGUUGUCCAGCAGGACCCGGGUGCGGGAACUGCAGGGCCAAAUUGCCGCGAUCACCGGGAUCGCCCCCGGCUGUCAGCGGAUCCUCGUCGGAUACCCGCCCGAGUGCCUGGAUCUCAGCAACGGGGAGACCGUUCUGGAGGAUUUGCCCAUCCAGUCAGGCCCAGCUUGGGACAUUCUUCGCUUCCCCUCGCUUCCCCUCUGGGAGCAUCUUUCACCGUCCCUGCACCUUACUUCUGGCAAUGCCCGAGAGGGAGCUGUGGCCAGCGGGGCCUGGCUCAGAACCCGUGACCCGCGUCAGCAGCUGUGACAGCAUGAUGAGCACCACCUCCACCCGCUCUGGAUCUAGUGACAGCAGCUACGACUUCCUGUCUGCUGAAGAGAAGGAGUGUCUGCUCUUCCUGGAGGAGACCAUUGGCUCAUUGGACACUGAGGCUGACAGCGGACUGUCCACUGACGAGUCUGAGCAAGCCACAACCCCCCAAAGUCCCCGUGCAUUGCCCAUAACCCAGCCUGCUCCCCAGGGACAUCCAGAGGGGAAGACUCUUCAGCAAGGCCUAGUACCACGGAGAACAACCCAGUCCAGCUCACCCCGUCUGCCUGAACCUCAAGGCUUGGGCCUCAGAUCAGGCUCCUACAGCCUCCCCAGAAAUAUCCAUAUCGGCAGGAACCAGAACCUCAGGAAAAGCACCCCCCAGGCUAAUAGCCACCUUCCAGGGGAACCUGAGGGGCUCAUUCCAGAUCCUAAGACAGAGCGAGUCAGUCAGAGAAGUGAGCCCGGCCAGCCUCCUGCCGAGCCCUGGGAGGCUGCCCUUGACUUGGAAGCACUCAUCCCCCCGCCAGAGGCUUUCCGGGACACCCAGCCUGAACAGUGUGGGGAAGACAGCCUGCCCGAAAGGCCAGAGGAGCAGAGCCCCACACCCCAGCUCCACACGUCACUCAGCCCCCAGAAGAAAGCGGAGACUUCUUCAGAGGCCAUGUCCCAAAAAGCCAAUGAGAAAGGCUCGAUCGGGGCACCACGACAACCCCGGCCUGCUCCUGCCAUACCGUCUCAGAAUUCAAGAGCUGCAGAUGCCCCCAACCCAUCAGGGGAGAAUCCAGAUGUCCACCUGGCUCCCCUCACAGCACCUAAGCCCCGGAAGCUGCCACCUAAUAUUGUUCUGAAGAGCAGCCGAAGCAGUUUCCACAGUGUGCCCCAAAACUGGCUGUCGCGUCAUCCUGAGGCUGCUCCUAGAGAUUCCAGUGUGGCCUCCUCUUUACUGCAGGAGCAGAGGAAAGCACGCAAAGAAGCACUAGAGAAGCUGGGGCUACCCCAGGACCAAGAUGAGCCCAGACCCCACUUAAGUAAGCCCACCAGUUCCAUCAGACUCAAGGAGACUCGUGCUCAGGGGCCCUUCCCAGCCCCAGCUCAGCCUGCAGUUCUAACUCAGGUCUCAACCGCGGGGCCUGCGGCAGGCAAGGCUUCAGCUCCUGCUCCAACCCGGGGACCUUUUCCAGUGAAUAUUCCGACUUUCGCUUCAACGCCAGCUCUAGUUCAGGGGUCUUCUUCUCCAGGCAAGGUUUUGAUUCCUACCCAGGAACCCACUCCAGGGAAGGUUCCAGCUGCCAAAUCCAUGCCGAUUCCCAUCCCUAAGGCCCAUGGGGGAAGUAGUCCCCUGACUCAGCCAAAGCCAAACUCAAGGCUGACUCUCCAGGAGAAAAACACCCCUGGCCUAAGACAGAUGAACUUUAAGUCCAAUACUCUGGAGCGUUCAGGUGUGGGUCUGAGCAGCUACUUCUCAGCUGAGAAAGAUCCCAGACCCCAAAACAGCACCUCUCUGGGAAAAGACUUCUUCUUGGACAACAUCUCACCCAGUGUUUUGCGUAAUUCCCGGCCCCGCACUGCCUCCUUGGGCACAGGGAAGGACUUUGCAGGUAUCCAGGUGGGCAAAUUGGCUGACCUGGAGCAGGCGCAGAGCUCCAAACGUUUGUCCUUCCAAGGACAGAGCCGCGACAAGCUGCCGCGACCCGCCUGUGUCAGUGUCAAGAUCUCCCCAAAAGGCAUCCCUGAUGAGCACAGAAGGGAGGCUCUGAAGAAGCUGGGACUGUUGAAGGAGUAGAGUCAUCACUGGCCAUCAGCGCUGCCCUCACAACCCCUGCCCGCCUUACAAGAAGAGACUCAGGGCUCCACAAAGGAGCCCUUCCCACCUCACAACCCAGGGGCUGGACAUGGGUGGCUUCUCUCCGAUGCUGUCUUCUCUCUGAGGUGAAGGGGAGGGCGGGAUUAGAGUCCAAGUGUAUGCUCCUGUUCAGGGUGGUUGUUCCCAUGAGAUCCUGCACGAAUCGUCCAGAAGAUGAUUUCCACAAGACUGUGUGUGCGCGUGUGUGUGCGCGUGUGUGUGCGCGUGUGUGUGCGCGUGUGUGUGCGCGUGUGUGUGUGUGUAUUAUAGGUUGUAUAUUAUCACUGAAGCUAUUUAUACUAUACAAGGAGUCCUUGCUCAUGCUGGAGAUUUUCACGCAUCGGGUAGAGUUCAGCCUAGCCAGACCUGAGUGGAGAGGGAUGGCUAAGCCUGAGGAAAAAAACGUCAAAUGAGACAAUGGAUGUGUCAGUGUGACCUUAGGCAAGUGCAGCAUCACAGGAAAUGUGGGGCUCCCAGAAUCCUGGCCAUCGGUGGAUACUGGUGCACGCCUCGCUGGAUUCCUCUUGCCAUUCUGGCCUUCUGGACAGGGGCCUGAGGCCAAGAGGAGUUGGUUUCCUAUCUCUUCACCUGCUGCCUUCUCACUGUCCCCCAUCCCAACAAUAGGACACAUUCCUGUAACUAAAAACUCUUGGUUGACUGAGAGGAGCAGGGCUUGUUGGUCUGAGAAGGCAAGAUAGGUGACCACAUAGCACACCUCCACUAGGAUUUAUCAAGUCCUUGUCCAUGGGCUUGAUACAUUCAAUAGCAAAUGGUGCAGUGGUCCCUGAUUCCCUGAUUCCUAUCCUUCCUGUUCCUUGUCUCAGUCUGCACAUGACUGACCCCAGGGCUGAGCCUACCCUGAGAUGGGAGCCUGAGCCUAGAGGCUUUGUAAGUAUUGAAGAACUGUUUCAGGCCUUGUUCACACUAUUGCAAGUAGUUUUUAACUUCCUCAGUGCCUAUGGAAAAUGAACCCAAUACAUUCUCUGCUAGUUAUUUAUAGAAUAUCGGAGCUGUGAGGGGCCUUAGAGAUGCUCUAAUAUUACCAAACAUGUUGGGGAAGGGAAGUGACUUCUACAGGGUCCCUGCUACUUAGUAACAGAGCUGGGACCAGAGCUGGGCUUCUGAUCCGCAUUCCAGGCUGCAUGCUGCCUCCCUUCAGGCAGCACUGUACAUCCACACCGUAUCCCAAGGAUCAGUAGUCACUCUCCAGGGCUCAACCCUCAGGCCCUCCAAUAUCCUAAAGUAUGUCUGAAACAUCAGAGAUUAA